GAGCCGGGACAAUUAGGACAUCUUGUUCAGCCUCUGGCAACUAUCUCACAGCCAGUGUCAGAGCUUUGCCUGGGUCUGCACUACGCUAACGUCUGGGUUGAAGCAAAUUCUGAUCUCACGUCUGUUCUGGAGUCAGAACAGCGCUGGUUUUGGGACAAAAGCACUAGAACUAACCUUGCAGUAUUUUGUGGUGCUGGAAGACUUCUUUUUUGGGACUUUUUUUGGGGAGCUGUGUUGGACAGCUGAAGACUUCUGAAGAUUUGUUUGGCAAGCGAAAGCUUAAACUUGUCCAUCUCACAAUCUGUCUUCUGGGAAUCACCAUGCAUGUUGCCCACUCCUGCCUGUUGGGGUUGGUGUUACUUACAAGCUUGACACAUGAGGUGCCCACGGAGGAGAGUUCAGGGUCACCUAGUAAGCACUUGGUGAACGAAACCAGGCACCAUGGAUCCGCGCAUCACCUGGAGACCGAUUCCAGGGUGCUCAGAGUAUCGUCUGGACGCACACAGGAUGAGGCUGUGCUUCACAAUUCUGGGAACCAUGAGUCUGCACAUCAGCCCAAGAACAUUUCUGAGGUUGCCAUAGUCUCAUUCAAAUGGGACCAUGUACAGGAGCCUUAUGUGAUUGUGCUGUGGAUAUUUGUGGCAGGAAUGUCUAAGCUGGUGCUUGAGCUGAACCAUCAUGUGACCAGCGUAAUUCCCGAGAGCGGCCUGCUCAUCCUCAUCGGCUUUGUCCUCGGGGGCAUCGUGUGGGGAGCGGACAAGGCCCAGACCUUCACCCUGACGCCCACCGUCUUCUUCUUCUACCUGCUGCCCCAGAUCAUCCUGGACGCUGGCUACUUCAUGCCCAACAAGCUCUUCUUCAGCAACAUGGGCGCCAUCCUCAUCUACGCCGUCAUUGGAACGUGCUGGAACGCCGGCGCCGUGGGACUCUCCCUGUGGGGCUGCUACGAAGGAGGUGCUAUGGGUAACCUCGACAUAGGUUUGCUGCAGUUUCUGCUCUUUGGAAGUCUGAUUUCUGCUGUGGACCCAGUGGCUGUGAUUGCUGUGUUUGAGGAGGUGCAUGUCAACGAGGUUCUCUUCAUCCUGGUCUUCGGGGAGUCACUCCUCAACGACGGUGUCACCGUGGUGCUUUACAACGUUUUUGAUUCUUUUGUGUCACUGGGAGGGCCAAACAUUGACGCUGUGGAAAUCAUCAGAGGCAUAAUCUCGUUUUUCGUGGUGGCUUUCGGAGGGGCGCUGGUGGGCGUGUUGUUUGCCGUCCUGCUAUCACUGAUCACCAGAUAUACCAAGAACAUCCAGAUUAUCGAGGCCGGCUUCAUCUUUGUACUUGGCUACCUGUCCUACUUGACCGCAGAGAUGCUAUCCCUCUCAGCUAUCCUGUCGAUAACGUUCUGUGGGGUGUGCUGCCAGAAGUACAUCAAUGCCAACAUGGACGAAAGGUCUGUGACCACGGUGCGCUACGUGAUGAAGGUGUUUGCCAACGGCUCUGAGACCAUGAUCUUCGUCUUCCUCGGUGUUACGGCCAUCGAUAAAGCCAUCUGGGUCUGGAACACAGGCUUCAUCCUGCUCACACUCUUCUUUGUCCUCUUAUACAGAUUCAUCGGUGUCUUCGUCCUGACGUGGAUCUUGAAUAAGAACCGUCUGGUGCCCAUUGAGCUCAUUGAUCAGGUGGUCAUGUCCUACGGGGGACUGCGAGGGGCGGUGGCCUACGGGCUGGCAGUGAUGCUGGAUGACAAAAAGAUCACCGAGAAGAACCUCAUGAUCAGCACCACACUCAUAGUCAUCUACUUCACUGUGAUCUUACAGGGAGUCACCAUGAAGCCCCUGGUGCAGUGGUUGAAGGUGAAGAGGGCGGCAGAGACAGAAAUCAAGUUGGUGGAGAAAGUUAACAACAGGGCUUUUGAUCACAUCCUGUGUGCAGUUGAAGACAUCUGUGGACGAAUCGGAGACAAAUGGUGGACCAGAGGGUGGAAACGCUUUGAGAGGAACUACAUCAGCUGGUUACUGAUGAAGCCCAAACCUAGGAAGUCCAAAGACCAACUCUUUGGCAUUUUCCACAAGCUCAACCUGGAGGAUGCCAUGAACUAUAUCACAGAGGGUGAACGCAGGGGCUCUCUGGCCUUCCUGAAGAAAGAGGAUGAUGUCCAGGUGGACUUCAAGAAAAAGUUUGGCACAGACGUCGAGGACAUGAUGCCAGACAUCAUGGUGGACACAGAGCACAGCGGGACAGAUCACGUGCCGGUGAUUUCCUUCAUGCGGGACCCUGUGCCAUCUGUGUCUCUGGACAUGCACGAGCAGGACCUACAGGGCAUGAGGGGCGGUGUGGACGCCCAUCACCUGCUGCAGGAGCAUCUGUACAGGAGCAGGAAACAUCACCGUCACAAGUACAGCAGGAGCAACUUCAGCAUUAACCAGAGUGAGGAUGAAGUGCAGGAGAUCUUCCAGAGGACCAUGAGGAGUCGCCUGGAGUCCUUCAAGUCCACCAAGAUGGGCGUCGCACCUGGCAAGGUCAUCACCAAGCACCCUCAGAAGGAGCGACAACAAAAGGUCAGAGGUCACCCAAAGAACUUCCUUGUCUUUUACUUGUCUGCUACUGGUAAGAAUCCAAAGAGCCAUUGUGUGAAGAACAAAGAAUUUCAAAUAUAUCUUGAAUCUCCCUGGUCUUUUGUAAAAUCCUUUAAAUCAAAUGUAUUUAAUUUUUUUUUGUGUCUAUACCACACAAGUUACAGGAAUGUGAUCUCUUUGCAGAUGGCCAAUGGCAAGCCCACAGAUAGAAGCAGAAGCCAUCCAUAUGGCGAUGAAGAUUUUGAGUUCUCAGCCUCAGCCUCAGCCUCGGACAGUGCCUCUGGAGGCGAGGGGGCUACUGCAGGAGGAUACUCCUUCAGGACACCCUACACUGUUGGAGCUGGGAUUGAGAACCCCGCCUUUAUGCCGGAGAUGGACACGCCCCCUCCGAUGCACGCCCCACCGUGGCUGAACCAGCCCGAGACGGAUGGGACGGUGGUGGCUUCCCAGCGAGCUCAGCGACGCCUACCCUGGACGCCCAGCCAGAUCCGUCGGCUGGCCCCCCUGCGCGUCAGCACGCGCUCCGAAGACUCCUUUGUAAUGGCCGAUAUCCUCAGCCCAGACGUGGACCCUGAAGAUCCACAGCCCCGCCAGGACAGGUCCCAUAAGUAGGAACCCAGUGUGUCCCCUCAGUAGUAAUUGCCAAAGGACCACAGUAAAGAUGAGUUUGACCUGAUAGGCUGUUACUAGAUCCUCCAGGGUUUAGUGUUGUAUCUCUUCCAUGCCCUCCAUAUCCUACAAUUCUCACAAUCCAUUGGUCUCAUCUUCCUUUAAUUUCUUUAACUAGCCAACCCUUUUCUGGUUGGUAUUGUGUGCCAUGUGGAAAAGAUGUGAAAACUAUCCAUGCACACUAUGAAGAAUAUGCACUGAACUGUAUUUAAGAGGUAAAGCUAGUGGCCAGAAUAGGACAGGAAACAAAAAAGAUGAGAUUCUUGUGUUGAGGCCUUUUAAACCAUACAGGCCUAUUUGUUUUGAUCUUGUUCAGAGGCCCAAGGCAUAUUUUCACAUGUAAAUAGAACUGUUGCAGUGUAAGCACUGAUAUUUAUUUGGGCACAUCAGACAUAACACGUUUCUGUUGAUAUUUAUUUGGGUCAAGCUGUUGCUGAAAUCAAUGUACUUAUCGAGAGUGGGAAAUUAUCUUUUGAUUUCAUCUUAAUCCAUUCGUUACAGUUGACAUUUGAAAACAUGUUUCAGGUGAAUCAUCAAUAUGAUUUAACAUUCUUUCAAAUUUCAUACUGUUUUGUCACAUAAUCUACUGUAAAUUCUUGUUAAAUAAAUAAAAUAAAUAUUUAUACCAUAACAGCUCUGGGGUAAUUUCUGUGCACCGAUUUUUGUUAAUUAAUAUCACUGUUGACUUUAGUCAAAUAUGAUGCUAAAAGCUACAAUUUCUUUAAAAUGUUUUCUCUGAUUUCACCAAUAUAAUUCCAUUACUUAAAGUAACACUAUGCAACAAUUUGACACUUUUUGAGAUAUGGUUUUAUAGGCAACUAGUUUUGGUAACAUC